GCGCGUGCUCAGCGGUGAUCUAAGACAGAGACCGGCCGGUUGACCUCCGCUUCUCUCUGCUAAAUGUGGCGAGUUGUCCAGGCCUAGUGUGGAGCUCCAGACGUGGCCCCCGUGUGCCCGGCAAUCGUGACUAAGUCCCUGUCCGUAAAAGGCCUGAUCCAGGAUGUAGCUGUGCGCCCAUCCAGUGCCGCCUCCCUCUCCUGCCCCAGCUGCCUCCCCGGCGGCGAGCGUGACAUCUGUGCUCGGAACAGAGCGGGCUUUGCACCUCAGCGGCCCGGGGCUUCUCUCCGGGCCGAGCCACCCGGCGCAUGUCUGUAGUCCCAGCUCCGGGAAGCCGGAGGGAGGACUGCAAGUUCAAGGCCAGCCUGGACGGCGCAGCAGGCGUCUGUGGAGCCCUGCAGGGCCCCUCCAGUGCUCUAGGAGAAGAGAUGUGUGCGCUGGAGAGAGGGAUUAUUGGGGCUGAGGCAGCAUACCGAAGAGGUUUCUAGAUCGAGGGGCUACAGAGAGCAGGCCCACAAAGAGGAAGGAGAGAGGCCACAUGGUAGCUGUAGGGCAUCCCAGGCCCUGCCCCUCUCCAGCUAUAAAUGCCUGCACUCCCACCCCAGGUUUGGAGUGGCCGGAGGGAUGGGCAGGAGGAUAGUCAACCACAGCCCUCCUCUACCUACAACACCCUGUGUUCGAAGAGCUUGUGGCUGGAGCUGUGACCCGGGGAGAGCUGGCCGGGGAGGGACCCUGCCCAGUUGCUGCUCUGCUCCUGUCUCUUGUCCCCUCCCCCGGCCAUGACAGAGACCCGUGAGCCUGCGGAGACUGGAGGCUACGCCAGCUUGGAGGAAGAUGAGGAAAACCUUUCCCCAGGCCCGGAGCAUUCUUCUGACUCUGAGUACACUCUUUCAGAGCCGGACUCCGAGGAGGAGGAGGAGACCACCGACGACCCCGAGUACGACCCCGGCUAUAAGGUGAAGCAGCGCCUCGGCGGGGGCAGGGGAGGCCCGUCCCGCCGGGCGCCCCGAGCGGCGCAGCCCGCGGCCGCCGCGCCCUGCCAGCUCUGCGGCCGCCCGCCGCUGGGGGAGGCCCCGCCAGGUACCCCGGCUUGCCGACUCUGCUGCCCCGCCGCGGCCGCGCACGAGGCCCCCGAAGGCCGGGCCGCUGGGGAGGAAGAGGAGGAGGCGACUCGCCCCGGGGAGAGCCGGCCCGCGGGGCAGGGCGGGGAGGAGGAGGAGGAGGACGAGGGGGGCAGCUACCACUGCACGGAGUGUGAGCACAGCUUCGACAGCCUCAGCGAGCUGCACGGCCACUUCAUGCUGCACGCGCGGGGCGAGGUGUAGGCGGGGCCGGGGCGGGGCCGCCGGGGGCCGGGUGGGUGGGAGCGGCCGAGGAGGCCGAGGAGGCCGGGGUCCGUCCUUGUCGCAGCAGAUGUGUAAAGGCAGAAUAAAAGCCAGAUUCUGUGGG